AAGCGGGAGAAGGAAAACACCUGUGACAGAAGUAGCAAACGUUACUCAAUUGUUAAUUAAGUCGUCUUUUUACGACACUAGAGACAACAUUAUCACUAUUGUAGCAUUGUUUCGUUGUUUUCAAUAGUCCACACUUAAUAUGGCUUACAGGAGAAGACAGCAUUUAAUUCCAGAUCAUAGUGAUGGUGGCCAAACCAGUAACAUGGAGCAGCUUGCCUUCAAAUACAUGGAGAUGUGUAAAGUGGAGUCCAGCACUGAUUCUGACUCUGAGAUAAGUCCAAGGUGGUCUGACACCAGCACUAUGGAAUGUGUGAGCAGUGCACCGGAGAGUGGCACUUUAAGGCGGACAUUGCCUGAACCUGCUGGAAGACAUGGCUGUUACUCCUUGUUUUUGGACCCGUAUGAUGGCAGCUCUGAGGAUUCUGAUGACAUGGACGCCCCAAGCAGGCAAACGAGACAACAAGGGAAGGGAGGAGGCGGUCGCUUCUCGCGUAAAAGCAGGCGUUUUAUCCUUCAACCUCCCCCAGAUACUGGCUUUAGACAACUGGUGAAAACACCGGCAGAGCAGCAGCACCUUGUGGACGUCCAGAUGAAGUGCACGGAGGGCUCGGAGGUUUGGCUUUGCGAGCUUGUCUCUCUGUCCUCCCACGCGGACUUGUAUGGCGGAGAACCUGUGGCAGAGAUGUCAAACGGCACGGACAUCAAAGCACAACUUGGCGACCCUGCCUCGACCUCCAGCCAGAGGCCGGAGAGCUCCUCAGACAGAUCUCCGGGGAGCACAUGUAACCUCAGGGUUCUGUUCAAGAGGAAACUGGCUGUCCCCGCAGCUGAUGGGCUGGAGCCGGGGCCGGGCCACAGAAAGAGGCAGUGUGUUUUCAACAUGGAGGAGGAGGAAGAAGCAGGAGAUUCUGCUUGGGAAAAAUGCUAGAUCCUCGUGAUGCUCAACAUUAAAGCACUACUUAAAAAAAAACAAUGCACUUUGUCAUGAAGCACAUUCAUUAGAGAGAAUGUCAUUGCAAACGUUCAACUGUGUACCGACAGGAGAUUUUUUGUUUGUGUUGGCCAAACUAUAAACGAGGAUUGAGUUAUUAACUUGUUGAAGCUUUCUUUUUGUUCUGUAUUUGUGAAUCUGUUGAGGACUGCCAUGCUGUAAAACAAAUGUAUGAGUGACAUUCACUGGAUAUGCUCUGGCAUGAA